CCUGGACGGGACGGCUACCCGGGUCCUCUUGGCUUGGAUGGCAAACCCGGUCCUCCAGGUCUGAAGGGCAUUCAGGGACCAGUGGGACCCAAAGGAGACAAGGGAGACCAAGGAGACGUUGGGCCGCGGAUGGUCUUCCCUCGCUUUGACCACGGCUUUCUCUCCGGAGACCAGCCCAACUUUCAGAGACGCCUGCUGAAGGGCGAUCAGGGGCAGGCAGGCCCCCCCGGUCCUCCAGGACCCCCAGGGACCCCGGGCCCAAGAGGACCUCCUGGAAACACUGGGAAAGAUGGACCACGAGGUCCAGCUGGAGAAUCGGGUGUUCCUGGAAGAGACGGCAUAGAGGGACCAAGAGGCCCACCUGGAAAACAUGGCGAAGACGGCAAGCUGGGAUUAUCCGGGCCUCAGGGAGCCCCGGGGUCAAAGGGGGAGUCGGGACUGCCUGGGGCCCGAGGGGAGAGAGGGGUGGACGGGUUCCCCGGACUCAAGGGCGAUAAGGGUGAUGCUGGAGAAAUGGGACCCCAGGGAGAUGCGGGCUUACCUGGGGAGAAAGGUGCAGCCGGGUCAAGUGAGGUCAUCGACUUCGGCGGGAAGCUUCAGGACGCCUUUCGGGCCAUCCAGACCAUCAGUGUCUCGGGUCCUCCUGGGCUCCCAGGUCCCCCAGGCCCACCUGGUGAGCAAGGUCCAAAGGGAGAGCUAGGCUUACCUGGUCCGUCUGGAGUGGAUGGAGAAGAGGGUCCGAGGGGGGUGAAAGGUGACGUUGGGGACCCCGGUACGCCAGGAGAGAAGGGGGAGAUGGGACUUUCUGGGCCUCCGGGAAUGGAUGGGCGGAAGGGGGAGAAGGGAGACUCCACGUUUGAGGAUAAUCUGGUGCAGAUGAUCUCCCAGCCUGGUCCUCCUGGGCCCCCGGGACCCCCUGGCCCACAAGGCUUCAUGGGGCACCACGGUAUGCCUGGACCCAAGGGCGAGCCAGGAAUCGGCUUUAAGGGAGAGAGAGGGGCCACCGGUACUCCAGGGCAACCGGGUCCAGCCGGCCCCACGGGAUUGGUUGGCCUCCCGGGCACCAAGGGAGAAAAGGGAAAAUCUGGAGAGCCCGGAUAUGACGGUCUUCCGGGGCUGACGGGCGAUAAGGGGGACAGGGGGGAGAAGGGGGAUAAGGUAGCGAGCCCCGCUAACUCCCCAAAUCUGCUACUGUUUCAUUACUAG